UGCGUACUACUGCAGAUUUUCUGCCAUAUUGUAAGACCUUACCUGUUAAUGAAGUUACCUUUUACAUGCUAUGCCUUUACUUUGGAGACAACAUGUUUGGCUUCCUGUCAUACUCUAGUAUUGACAGACACGAUGCUUCUUUCCGCCAGGACAGAUAAGAAGUUAUGAAUACGUAUAUCGAUAUAACAGUUUAUUCAACAGUUAAGUAGACACAUUAUACAAGCAGGGGUUGGUCGAAGUAGAUUUUACUCAAACGAAUAGUGAUGAAUGUCUUAACAACUUGCACGCAUGUAAAACUACAUUUACGACAAUCCAGUGCGAAUGACGACCACCCCUCUACUGCGCAUGUGCGGGCUGGUGUUGUCAGCGGUGGUUAUGGAGAUGGGUCUACAACCUGUAAAUAGUACUCUUAUGUUCGUGUGUACAUCAAAGGGAUGCCCCGAAAGAUAAGAUUCAUUGUGGUCAACUCUUCAAGUCAUGAGGACAUCUUCAGUGCUAAGGAGCUCAUGGUCCAUGCACCCACGGUCAACGGUUGGAGGUCUAGCAGGUUGUGCUCCUACCCUCAGUACGUCACCCUACAGCUAGCGGAGAGAUGUAGGGUGAGGAAAUUGCAGCUUCUGGGCCACCAGUACCUCAUCCCAUCCAAGGUUGAGUUCCACAUUGGAGACACCCUUCCUGAAACCAGCGGCUCUGCGUUCCCUGGGCAGCUUCGCAGACUCGGGUACGUGUCUUUGUCAGAUAAUGAGAAGACAGGCUUCAAAGCGCGGGAGCUGAAGUCAGUCCACGUAGACGCCAUCGGAACGUAUCUGAGAAUCACCUUCCAUAGGAACCAUGUCAACCAUUACAACCACCACAAUCAGGUUGCUUUGGUUGCCAUUAAUGUUCUGGGAGAUUCUUUGGAUGGCAACGCUUUCAACACGAUUCCAAGCAGAGAGCAGCUGAUCGAACAGUACCUCAACAGUACCCAGCUGGAAGCCGCCUUGGAUACGACCUUCAUGGGUAAAUGUGAGUCCUUCUCCCCUUUGGAUGACCUGGCCUUCGACAUGUACCAGGACCCCGAAGUUGCCAACAUCAUUCGACUCCUGGACCAAAAGAAGCAGGAGAUGGUCCAGCGGGAGAAAUACGAGCAGGCGAAGAAUCUGAAGCAGGCCAUCGCCGACCUGCAGAAGGUCGGCGAGCGUCUGGCUCGAUACGAUGUGGAGAAGCGAUGUGCGAUCGAAAAGGAAGACUACGACCUGGCCAAGAGGAAGAAAGAGCUGAUGGAAGAGUACAGGAGGAGCGUCUACCAGCAGCUGGAGGUCCACAACGUGCUGGAAAUGGCAAUGAUCACACAGGCCGCAGAUUCAUCCUCAGCCCGCGAUCCUCCUGCCCCCCUGCCUUCUCCUGGUCACCGUCCUUCCCCCACUGGGCCCCUUGUGUCCACAAACACAUCCAUGGAGGGGAAAAAUACGAGCGCUCCCCAGAACCACGAGUCGGACACAGAAACCGCUGUGGCCAAACCGAGCAGCCAGCCGGACCCCCCGUGCACCCCCGUCUCUGCUGUGCCUAAGAUAGACGUUACCUGUGUGCCUCAUGACGAGAGGCCGCUACCGGCCAUUCUGAGGACGGAGCGGCCUGUGGAGGAGGCUCUGUCCUCCACAGAGCGGCGCUUCCCCCAGCCUGCUUCUCAAAGGGCUGCACACAGCCCCGAGGUGAGCGGAGAGCCAGAGCCCCUGUCGGAGACGGCCCAGAGAGAGGCCAGCCUUCCACUAGAGGUCUAUGGAGAAAGCGUGGUGGCCGGGGUGUAUUCCAAAACCUGGUCCUACAGAGAGAAUGCUCUCCUGGCUGUGUACAAGAAGCUUUCGGAGCUAUCACCCGCCACCCCCAAGGAGGAGCUGAGAAACAUGACCAGAGCUGCUGUCUUCCUGGUCAAGAAGUCCCUCCUGGAUAAAGUGUCAUCUGUUUUCCACGCCUCCUUGAAGUUGCUGCGGCUGCUGCUCAGCCAGCUGGUCCCAGGUCUGGGGCUGGGCCGGGCCGAGGUGAGCCACUGCAUAGAUCAGACUUGGCCCAGCCUGCUGGCCCGGACUGGAGACUCAGUGAGCCGCCUCCGGGGCACAGCCAUAGCCUUCAUUCAGGAAAUUGCAGUUUUGAAAGAUGUACGCGCUCUGCAUGUAAUCCCUGGUGAGCUGGUGAAGCCCUUCAAGUCCAACUUCCCCUCCCGUCCGGCUCAGAGUAGGGUCGAGCUGCUCCAGAAGCUGCUUGCUGAACUGGGGACGGAAAACUCUGGCUUCACCCUGGACAACGUCAUGACGUUCUGUACAGCGGCUUUGGAGCACAAUGCAUCAGCGGUUCGCGGUCUGGCUGUGCGCGUCAUCUUAUCCAUGUACCAGCAGCACACAGCGGCGGUUCUCCACUACCUGCCGCCCAACAACGCUGUGGCACGAAAAAACUGUCUCUUCAAAACCCUCUUUGAUGGCUUCUCAAAGAUUGAUGGAAAACCGGUGGACAGUCAGAUUUUAAAUAAGGGAGGUGGUCAGCAGGAGGGGAAAAAAGAGAAGGAGGAGAUCCACUCUCUUCAGGAGCAGCUGGCCGCCUUGAAAGAGAUGACAGAGAGAGGGAAUGACACCACCAAAGGACAAAUGCCAAAGAAAGAAGCUCCAAAAGCUGAGUCCCAAAAAGCUGGCAAGCCAACUGUCACAAAAGUGCCGCAGAACAAGGCACCAGACAGCAUAGACGUCCAACCGACCAUCAACUAUCUGGACAACCUGUGUAUAUUCUGCGGUAAAACGGAUGAGUCAUUCACAGAGGACGGAUUGGACCUUCACUACUGGAAACACUGUCCCAUGCUGAGACGCUGCGACGAAUGUCGACAGGUCGUGGAGAUAGCCAGCCUCACAGAGCACCUCCUCGGCGAGUGUGACAGCAGGUCCAUGUUCAGCCAGUGCCCUCGCUGCUCGGAGGCCGUGGCCUCUGAAGAUCUGAGCCGCCACGUUCAGGGCCCCGGCUGCAACUCCCCCAUCGCUGGAAAAGGCUCCAAUCACUGUCCUUUGUGUCACAACAACUUCAUGCCCGGGGAGAAGGCCUGGAAGGCUCACCUCAUGGGGAGGGAGGGCUGUAAACAAAACUCCCGAAGGACUGCGGUGUCCCAGAGAACCCAGCCGGCACAAGGCAGGGCCGGCGACGGGGCCAACCUGAAGCAGGCCUGGUCGGUCGGGGCCAGAGGGCGAGCCUUGGGCCGAGGCAGCCGGAUCCCGGCCUUGACCCCCCGGGCCAGAGGACAUCCUCCGGGGAAGCACUGAGACGGGGCCUGAGACACCUGUAGAAACAAACAUUACCUGUUGCAACAACCCACUCCCACAUUUACCCUCCCCACGAUCCUGCAUGUCGCCACCUUUACAAAAGACAUCUGGAUGUUGGAUCUCUUGCCCUCUUUUAUCUAUACGUCUAGAGUCUGGCGUCACACACCUGCCGGGCUCUCCAACAUGUGCACAGCGUGUCCUGUUGGCUGGUAUCCCCUUACAGAACAGCUCUGUUUUGAGCCUCUUAUAUUUCAAUUUGCUCUCGGCCCGCUUGGAGGCGUAAGGCUCGACAGCGGUCGACCACCGAUUUGGCCCGUGUGGAGGGCAGAAAUGAAAGAGAAAACAUCACUAUGUUUCUCCUGUGUGUCUUCAUAGAGAGUCCGCCAUCUUGAAGACGCCAUGUUUUUUUUGCAGUAGCCCAGGACGCAGGAACAGCAUCACGCCUCACCUGAAGGCCGCCCGGCUUCUCCGCCGUGACUCCAACCCCAAACCCGUCUGCCUCCUGUUGCUGCUGAAGCUGCGUCAUUAUGGUAUGGAUGGCUCCCGGAGCGAGUGCAUGGUUUCCCAUUGGACAGCUCGCGUUACCGCGGGCCGCUGGAUGCCCCCGAAUACUGUACACCGGAGCUUUUACGUUUUUUAAGUUGACUCACAAGAGACCGAUGAUCAAAGAUGUCCUCGAUUUUUGGUGCCUAAUUGGCGUCUUCUCAUUAGACCGAGUCAGUCUUACAAACUCCACGCCCUCUAAUACAGGCUUUGACUGAUGACAUCACAGUGAUGUCAUUAGUGUUACACCACCAGACUCUGCAAACAAACAAAACAAUUCAUACAUGAAAUCGAUUGCAGCUGUUACAUGUCUUUUACUUGAAAGGGGUUUCCAUUUAAUGGGAUUUAGGUCACAAACUCUUGAGGACAAUCCCAGGAUAUAAUCCUGUGUAAUACCAUUAGAUACGUAAACGGUCACUAGAUCUUACCAGAGCACAGGUUGACCACAGACUGCCAUCUACUUACAUUUCUCCUUCCAUUUUCUAUAAAUUAUAUCGACGAAAAUGAAGUUGCACUUUGCCGAAAGGGACCAGUUUACAGUAUAUAUGAUGUUAAUUUAUUUUCCUGCCUCUGCUGACCGACGAUCUUGACAAGAUGGCACAACUUUGUUCAUCGUCCCCGGACUCACACAAAAGAGAUGCAUCUAUUGUAUGCAGUUGAAUUUCUGUCGUCAUUGGUGUGUGAGUGGAACCUGACGGUCUAAAAGACUUCAGUCUCUCGAUUUGCUGGAUUUAUUUUGAAUGCUAUAAAUUGUACUACUUCAAUUGUACUGCAAAGUGUUAGGAUGAUGUUGCUGGAGACAAACCUACAAAAAACAUCCUUAAAUGAUCUUUGCAAAUUGUAACUUUCGUAGUGUAAAUAAUACCUGAUUGACAUUUACUGUUGGUAGAUGCAUAAAACUAGAUUUGGUCAAUCCAUCACGUUGGCUUUUAUAUGAAUCUAUGACACAAAAGUGUAUAUUUUUCCUGUUUUUAAUUUGCAUAACAGUCAGUAUUUAUUUUAUUUUAUCUGUAUUUGUUUAAAUAAAGCUACAUGACGCUGAACAUUGCAGCUGUGGUUUGUUCACACGUCGGAUGAAGGGAUGCAACAGUAAUUCUGCAUUUUACAAAGUUGACAGAACUCCGGUUUUAUUUAAAUGAUCAGCCAAUCAAUCUGCACAAUUACAGCCCUUUCAGCGUCUUUGGUUUUUGGCCUCACUGCCGAUUCUACACACGUGAAUUGACAUUUACAAUAUAUUAACUUAAAACAAUCCAAUUAUUCAAUUUUGUACAAUUUCAGCCCCCUACAUUAACAAAA